GUCCUGGUCCCUUCUUCAAUUUUCGUGAGGAAAGCUUCGGGAAUGAAUAAAAAGGGAAUUUUAAAAAAUUAAACAAAAUUCCGAACCCUAGGACGGAGAGGAUUCAUCUUCCUCCCAUUAUUCCCUAGAUUGAUGUCGACAAAAUUCCGAACCCUAGAACUUGUUGGGGUUGCGAUUCGUCGGCUUGCAAUAACCCUAGAUUGAUGUCGAUUGUUGAGUCAUCCGAGAUCUGAAGCCCUUCAAACCCUAGUACGUAGGAAUAGUAUUGGAGUCCAUGUCUCAAUACCAAAGAGACAAUGCUGAUGAAAUGGCAGAUGAUUAUGAAAUGGGUGAUGCAGAGGAGGACAUGGAUGAAGAAUAUCAUGGUAGAGGGAUGGGCUAUUCAGAUUCAGAUGAUGAAGAAUAUGGUGAAUCAAUCAGUAAGGUAACUGAUACUUCCUCAGCCCAAGCAAGAGAAGGUAGGGAUAUCCAAGGAAUACCUUGGGAUAGACUGAGUAUCACAAGAGAGAAAUACCGGCAAACAAGAUUAGAACAAUACAAAAAUUACGAGAAUGUACAAAACUCUGGAGAAGCAUCAAAAAAGGCUUGCAAAUCUACAGAGAAAGGAGGCAUGUUUUAUGACUUCCAACGUAAUACAAGAUCUGUAAAAUCUACCAUCCUUCAUUUUCAGUUGAGGAAUUUAGUAUGGGCUACAUCGAAGCAUGAUGUAUACCUUAUGUCACACUAUUCUGUGCUUCACUGGUCAGCGCUAACCUCUGAGAAGUAUGAAGUAAUGAAUGUUCAAGGUCGUGUGGCUCCGUGUGAGAAACACCCAGGGAGUCUGUUAGAAGGUUUUUUUCAAACUCAAGUUAGUACAUUGGCGGUGAAGGAUAAAUUGCUUGUGGCAGGUGGUUUUCAAGGAGAACUAAUUUGCAAAUAUUUGGAUCGAGAAGGUAUAAUCUUUUGUUGCCGAACAACAUAUGAUGACAAUGCUAUCGCGAAUGCAGUCGAGAUAUAUGACAGUUCUAGUGGUUCUGUUCACUUCAUGGCUUCAAAUAAUGACUGUGGAGUUCGAGAUUUCGACAUGGAGAGGUUUCAGCUGUGCAGGCAUUUCCGUUUCCAAUGGCCAGUAAAUCAUACAUCCCUUAGUCCAGAUGGAAAGCUUUUGGUCAUUGUAGGUGACAACCCUGAAGGAAUACUGGCCGAUGCUCAUACUGGAAAGACCGUGCAUGAUUUGCGAGGCCACCUGGAUUACUCCUUUGCAUCAGCUUGGAAUCCUGAUGGCCGCACAUUCGCCACCGGGAACCAGGACAAGACCUGCAGGGUUUGGGAUGUCCGCAACCUCUCCCAAUCUCUUGCUGUACUGCGAGGCAACCUGGGAGCCAUACGUUCCAUCCGGUUCACAUCGGAUGGUCAGUUCAUGGCGAUGGCAGAGCCCGCGGACUUUGUUCACAUCUUCGACAUAGGAAGUGGGUACAGUAAAAGACAAGAACUAGACUUCUUUGGCGAGAUCUCCGGCAUGUCAUUUAGUCCUGAUACAGAGGCGCUCUUUAUUGGUGUCUGGGACCGAACCUACGGAAGUCUACUUGAAUACAGCCGCAUCAGGAAUUACACAUAUCUCGAUUCUCUUCUAUGAAGGUGCUCGAUUCUCUUCUACAAAGGUGCAAAGCCUAGAUACCGGCACAAAUGCUCGAAGAGUAGGGAUUGAGUUGAUAGUAGAAGUACGUAUCGAUUUUGUAUCUUAAUAAUGCUUGUACUCUGCUGUUGUGUGUAAAGAAAAUGUACAGAUGACUGGAAACCACACCAAGGUAGCUCUUUCUUACUGUGCUAAGGACUUAACAGAGUUUCGAUUGUAGUGACUGUGUUGUAAUCUUUUCCUUAAAAGUACCUUCUAGCCUUCGCUAGUUCCGAAGAGAUAAAUUUCACAUCUUUCAAUCCUCUUUGGGCAAACAAAUUUGAUUGAGCUUGUUGAAUAGCAGGGUAAUACUUUUGUGUUUGUAGUUCGA